CUUGCAGAAUCUUCUGCUUCUUUCCCGGGCAGCGCUAUCCGGCGGCCAGAAAGUCACCAUGUCUGUUCUCAAGAUCCAUGCCAGAGAGAUCUUCGACUCUCGUGGGAAUCCCACCGUGGAGGUUGACCUCUACACUUCCAAAGGUCUCUUCAGAGCUGCUGUGCCCAGUGGUGCGUCCACUGGUAUCUACGAGGCCCUCGAGCUCCGGGACAAUGACAAGACCCGUUACAUGGGGAAAGGUGUCUCAAAGGCUGUUGAGCACAUCAAUAAAACUAUUGCACCUGCCCUGAUUAGCAAGAACGUGAAUGUCGUAGAGCAGGAGAAGAUCGACAGGCUGAUGAUUGAGAUGGACGGAACAGAAAAUAAGUCUAAAUUUGGUGCGAACGCCAUUCUGGGGGUGUCCCUGGCUGUCUGCAAGGCGGGGGCCACCGAGAAGGGGGUGCCCCUGUACCGCCACAUUGCCGACUUGGCGGGCAAUGCUGAAGUCAUCCUGCCGGUUCCGGCUUUCAAUGUCAUCAACGGUGGUUCUCAUGCCGGCAACAAGCUAGCCAUGCAGGAGUUCAUGAUCCUGCCCGUGGGUGCGGCCAGCUUCCGGGAGGCCAUGCGCAUCGGGGCCGAGGUCUACCACAACCUGAAGAAUGUCAUCAAGGAGAAAUACGGGAAGGACGCCACCAAUGUGGGGGAUGAAGGCGGGUUUGCGCCUAACAUCCUGGAGAACAAAGAAGCUCUGGAGCUGCUGAAGAAUGCCAUCGGGAAAGCUGGCUACACCGACAAGGUGGUCAUUGGCAUGGACGUAGCGGCCUCAGAGUUCUUCCGGUCGGGCAAGUAUGACCUGGACUUCAAGUCCCCCGAUGACCCCAACAGGUACAUCACGCCCGACGAGCUGGCCAACCUGUACAAGUCCUUCAUCAAGGAUUACCCAGUGGUGUCCAUCGAAGACCCGUUUGACCAGGAUGACUGGGAGGCUUGGCAGAAGUUCACUGCCAGCGCCGGCAUCCAGGUGGUGGGGGACGAUCUCACUGUGACCAACCCGAAGCGGAUUUCCAAGGCCGUGAGCGAAAAAUCGUGCAACUGCCUCCUGCUGAAGGUGAACCAGAUCGGCUCCGUGACUGAGUCUCUCCAGGCGUGCAAACUGGCCCAGUCCAACGGCUGGGGCGUCAUGGUGUCACAUCGCUCUGGGGAGACUGAGGAUACCUUCAUCGCUGACCUGGUGGUGGGACUUUGCACUGGGCAGAUCAAGACGGGGGCACCUUGCCGAUCUGAGCGCUUGGCCAAGUACAACCAGAUCCUCAGAAUUGAAGAGGAACUGGGUAGCAAGGCUAAGUUCGCCGGCAGAAGCUUCCGAAACCCCCUCGCCAAGUAAGCUCCAGGCAGCGCACCCCAGGUCCUGUGGUCCUGCGUCGGCUCAUUAGACCUCUGCCCCCCCCCUGCC